AUCAAAAUGUCGUCGCGAUCUCGCGGUCGCGAGCUGCUCUCGCGAGAACCCGUCGCGCCAUUUCAAGCGGAGCGAGUGACGUCGCGUGGACGACGGCGAAGCGGACAAAGUCAACCGCGGCGACGUUUUGAACGGUUUUCGUAUCGUUGUUGUAGCUGCCGACGAGGAGCCGAGUGUGGAGCAACAUGGCGGACGACCUGGACAUCGAGGCCAUGCUGGAGGCUCCUUACAGGAAGGACGACAAGACGGCCAGCCCCGAUGGCGGGGACGAACAGGCCAAGAGCAGGAAGAAGCGGAGCCGCAGCCGCGAGAGGAAGCGCAGCAAGAGUCGGGAGAAAAAGCGGAGUCGCAGCCGCGAACGCAAACGCAGCCGGGAGAAGCGGCGCAGUCGCAGCCGAGAGCGGCGGCGCAGUCGCGAAAGAGGAGGCCGCUACAGGGACUACCACAAGGCGCGGAAGCGGUCGAGGAGCAGGAGUCCCAUCCGGAGAGAGAAGAGUCCCAUCCGGAGAGAGAAGAGUCCCAUCCGACGGGAGAAGAGUCCCAACAAGUCAGUCUUGACCAGGAUGCCGGUGGACAAUUUGACCCCCGAGGAGCGGGACGCCAGGACCGUUUUCUGCAUGCAGCUGGCUGCCCGCAUUCGCCCUCGAGAUCUGGAGGACUUCUUCUCUGCCGUGGGAAAGGUCCGAGACGUGAGGAUGAUCUCGGACAGGAACUCGCGCCGCUCGAAGGGCAUCGCUUACAUCGAGUUUGUGGAGGCCAGCUCGGUUCCUCUCGCUAUCGGGCUGACGGGGCAAAGGCUGCUGGGAGUUCCCAUCAUCGUGCAGGCCUCGCAGGCCGAGAAGAACCGAGCGGCGGCGGCCGCCGCCGCCGCCAACAACCUUCAGAAAGGUUCGUCGGGACCCAUGAGGCUCUACAUCGGGUCGCUGCACUUCAACAUCACCGAGGAGAUGCUGAGGGGAAUCUUUGAGCCCUUCGGAAGGAUCGAAGGCAUCCAGCUGAUGAUGGACAGCGAGACGGGCCGGUCCAAAGGGUACGGCUUCAUCACGUUUGCGGACGCCGAGUGCGCCAAGAAAGCCCUGGAGCAGCUCAACGGCUUUGAGCUGGCGGGUCGGCCCAUGAAGGUGGGUCACGUGACCGAGCGCAGCGACGGCUCGGCCGCCGCCUCCCUGCUGGACAGCGACGAGCUGGAACGCACCGGCAUCGACCUCGGGACCACCGGGCGGCUGCAGCUCAUGGCUCGUCUCGCCGAGGGGACGGGCCUGCAGAUCCCUCCCGCCGCCCAGCAAGCUCUGCAGAUGAGCGGCGCCAUCGCCAUCGGCGCCAUGGCCGCCGUCUCCGCCGCCAUGAAUCCAUCCAUGAACCUCAACAUGAACCCGCCGGCCCUGAACCUUCCGUCGCAGCCGCUGGCCACGCACUGCUUCCAACUCUCCAACAUGUUCAACCCCAGCAGCGAGGAGCAUCCCGGCUGGGAGGUGGACAUCCAGCACGAUGUUAUCGAGGAGUGCAACAAACAUGGCGGCGUGGUUCACAUCUACGUGGACAAGAACUCAACGGAGGGCAACGUGUACGUGAAGUGUCCGUCCAUCCCCGCCGCCAUGGCGGCCGUCGGCGCUCUUCACGGACGCUACUUUGCAGGCAAGAUGAUCAAGGCGGCGUACGUGCCGCUCCCCGCCUACCACAACUUGUUCCCGGACGCCGCCACCGCCACGCAGUUGCUGGUCCCGCCCCCGCGCCGAUGACUGCCCGCGCCGGACAUGUUUUGAUAUGCGUGUCGUGUCGGGAUCGUUCAGUAAGCUACUUCCUGUUGACUUCCUGUGGUGUUGAAAUUGCGGCGGGCGGGCGCGCUUGGCCUCCAUCCAUCCGGCGCGGGCCCGCGCUGUCCGUUGAGCUCUGUGAGCUGCGAGGGGCGCCGGCCCGGCCCGGCCCGGCUGCUGACGUUAAGCGUUCGUCUUGGUUUUCUAAUAAAAUCAUUGAUUAAACUUUUA